AUGGCGGCCUCCAGAGUGGCCAGCGAGGCGGAAGCGGGGCUGGAGUCGGUCUGCCCGCAGGAUCUGGGGUUAUUCGCGGAUACUUUUCCGGCGGAGAGCCGUUACCGGUUUUGUGGGCACGAGCUGAAUAUUGCUCAGCACCACGGGAGCCGGCUGGGAGUGGCUGCCCCGGUCUGGGAGGCGGCUCUGGCCCUCUGUGAUUAUUUUGAAGAGCACAAACUGAACUUCUGGGGCAAGAAGGUUCUAGAACUGGGCGCUGGGACUGGCAUUGUGGGCAUCCUUGUAUCCCUCCUUGGAGGAGACGUGACAAUCACAGAUCUUCCCAUAGCCUUGAAGCAGAUAGAGGAGAAUGUCCACCGAAAUUUGCCCAUGGAGCGUCUGGCUCGAACAAAAGUGUGUGCACUCUCAUGGGGUCUGGACCACAUGGAAUUUCCCAGUAAUUUUGACUUCAUCUUGGGUGCAGAUAUUAUCUAUCUCAAGGACACCUACCCUUUGCUGAUCAGGACUCUGCAGCACCUGUGUGGUCCUCAAUCUACUAUCUACCUGUCUUCCAAAAUGCGCCAGGGACAUAGUACCGUGUUGUUCUUUGAAACACUGCUGCCCGUGCACUUCACCUCAAAGCUUGUCUUUAGGGAUGAGAGUGAGAAUAUUAACAUUUACAAAGUGACCCAGAAGAGUAACAUCUGACAAUAAAUAUGUCACUUGGUGAACAAUAACAACCCUUUUAUUUAGGGCCAUUAAUCCACAAAGCUGUAGGUGGUUGAACUCUUCAAUCAUGUCCUUUCUCUUCCAUUUGGUGAACAUGUCCGUUCGCUUCAUUAGAGUAUUUCAGUACUACAAAUCUCUGGAUUCCUUAAGAGAUUUCAGAUCCCAGCAAGGCUUGCAAAUCUGCAUUUUCACUGUGGUUCACCAGACGCAAUAGGUUAUUUCCAUUCCAACCAUCUUGGUUCUCCAGUCCUCCAAUAGGCUCCCUAUCUUGGCUUUCGAUUUCCUGGUCAAGAAAUUCUGCAGCUGUACAGUUCUGCCUCCUAGGGAAUAAUUUUGCAGUGUGGAUCUGACUGGCAAGAAUUGCUCACCUUUCUUCUUCUGUGGAAGUGACUGUGAGAGUGAGGCAGAAAACUCCAGGGCUGCUACUCCACAGAAAUGAUUCUCCAUGUUGACACUAUUACAGAUACAGAGGCAUUUGCGGUGGCAGCAGAGCAUCCACACAGUGAUCCAUUGCAGCAAUAUACCUGUUUCCAGCUUAUAUCGUUUUUAAAAGUCUGUAGCCCUUAUUGUGAUGGAGUUAUAAGAUGAAAUUAACAGCCUCCACCUUUCUGAUUUGUGUGUGGGGGGGGGGGGAUUGUGGCUGUAGUGGAAAAAUCCUGAUUUGGGUUGCAACAACCCCCCCCCCCCCCACCCCAGUUCACACUUUGGAAUCCAAAUGAUGUCUAAAGGUGCUUUGACUAUGAUUUCUUCCAAAAAAGAUCGUACCAAAUUAAGGCUCAUUCCGCACAGGCAGAGUAAUGCACUUUCAAACUGCUUUCAGUGCUCUUUGAAGCUGUGUGGAAUAGCAAAAUCCACUUGCAAACAGUUGUGAAAGUGGUUUGAAAACGCAUUAUUUUGCAUGUUCGGAAGGAGCCCAGAUUUGGAAAGAUUUAAAGGGUGGGGGUGGGGGGUGAGAUGGCAUUGUGCAGACGCUUCCUGAAACCAUGGUGCUGUGAGAAAGCCACGGUGAAACAAAAACUUGCAUGUGGAAACCAUCCAGGCAGGUGGAGCGGAAAAUAACAGAUCCUUAAAAUCCUUGUAAGGGAAGAGGAUGGCUUCUAUUCGUCUUCCAGUGUCUGGAAGUGUGCAUCAUGCUUACCCAGAAGAAUGGACUUUUUAGCACUUGUUCCUAGUUCUAUAUUGUAUAUAGAUGAAAAACCAAAGUUAUACAUAAUGUCCUUUGUGAAUAAAAACGUGAGAUUGGAGCAACUGAACUGGAACAAUGCCUGAGUGCAUUAAGAUACCAAUGAUGCCUUAGUUGCCAUUUGAGAUAUACUUUUUUUAAACAAGGGUUCUGUAUUUUCAUUAAAAAGUGUCUGCAUUUGUAAA